AUGGAGAGCCACCACCAGUCCACCACCACCACUACGGUCUACCGUACUUUACCACACACAGACUUGUUCGCUGAGACGGUCGGUCUGCCUGGCCUGAAGUUGACUGAGGCGGCAUUGGAGCAACGCGAACCCGAUCAAACAGCUUUCCUUUCCGGCCCGGCCUACUACACUGUCCUCAGUACGGAAACAACAGUUCACCCCUUCGCCGUCGGCCGUCUCUUAACAGCACUCUGCUCUCCAGAACUUCCGCUGACCGGCAAUCCGCUGGAGUCUGAUAGAGUCCAGCUGUUGGCCAGGAUAUCGGGGGCCGCCAUUGCCAUUCGGGACGGUCAGCUGGCCCCCUCCCCUCCUCCAUCGGGCGCCAUGCGGGCUUCUGCUCUGGGCAAGUCGGGUGGAUUCUCGUGCCUCUGGCGGAACGUCGUCCACCCCGUCAUUAUUGCGCUCCCCGACGCAGACCGUCGCUUAUGCUGCCUACUCUUGCCUCUGACCGGCCAGAAUCAGAAUGGGAUGCUUUUGCCACUUGACACUAUUGUUUCCUGGAUGCCAUCGCUCAGCCUGGGCUGGGCAUUGGUAACGCAGUCCCAAGAUCGUCAGCAGAGAUGUCCUCCAACAUCAAUCUACUCGCCAAUGUCCGGAGAUGGCCAAGCCACACCGCACGCGAGAAAGACACACGCACGCUCUGCCCGAAUCUUGGAUACAGCCAACCUCGCCUUCAUAGGCAUUACCUAA